CAAUACAUGGCGCUGGAUAUCAUAUAGCUUACCACCCACACUACCUACCCUGUUAGUCGUACCACGGACGUAAAUAUUGGUCACAUUGGAAGCCUCAACCAUGGCUUCCAUCGCCAGGAGCUUGUCCUACUCCUCUUCCACCUCGACAAGCGUUCCGGUCUUCCUCGCCCCAGCUUUUGCAAGACCGGCAGCAGCAGCUCCUACAGCGACAAUUUUUUCCCGAUCGUACGCCAGCAAACCGAAGCGCAACAAGGCGCACCAGAUAGGUCAGGCCGCAGGUGGGGAGAAGAACAAGCAAAGAGGUGUCUCUGCGAUUCGUCGAACAGGUCCAAGAACGACACAAGGUCUAUGGAUGCACCCUCUUCCCGUGCCCGUCGCAAGGGACCACAGAGGAACGGACGCACAAUACGCAGGAUCUGAUGACCACGGACUAUGGGGGUUCUUCAACAACGACAGAAAACCUAUGCUUGCUCCAGAUGUCGAGUCAAGUCACGGCCGGUCAUGGACCCAUACCGAACUCGCUCAAAAAUCUUACGACGAUCUACACAAGCUAUACUGGGUCUGCGUCAAGGAACAAAACGUCGUAAUGACCAGAGAAAAAGAGAGGAAACGACUGAGAGCAGGUUACGGUGUCGCCGAAUAUGAAGAACGAGUCAAAACGAUCCGUAAAACAAUGUACCAAAUUCGAAACGUCCUCGCCGAUCGACAAUUGUCAUGGGAAGAUGCCCGAAUGUUGUACGGUCAGGGGAACAUGGAGGAUAUGCUAGCACCACCUCAACAGGAGACGGGGGAUGAGAUGGCGGAGUUUGAGGACUAUGACGAGCCCGUCCAAAACGUGGAUGCUUCGUCUUCGUCAGUGGACGGUUCCGACAAGAAGCCGUUCCCUGAACCUCGUUUAUAAAUAUAAGGUAGACAAUGUCGCAUUGACUUGGUAUCUAUCAGAAUAAAUCGGGGUGACAAUAUUGUCUAUAUAGGUGGCCUAAAGUUGUACAUUAUCAUCAAGAAAGCGGACAUGUACUGAUGGUGGUAGGAUAGCUACUCUGUACAACAUGGCUUGUAAAAUGUUUGCAUCUAGCGU